AUGAAGCUUGUGAGAUUUUUGAUGAAAUUGAGUCACGAAACUGUAACCAUUGAAUUAAAGAGUGGAACACAGGUCUAUGGAACAAUCACAGGUGUAGAUGUCAGUAUGAAUACACAUCUUAAAGCAGUGACAAUGACCCUGAAGAACAGAGAACGUAUACAGCUGGAAACACUGAGUAUUCGAGGAAAGAACAUUCGGUAUUUUAUUCUGCCGGACAGCUUACCUCUGGAUACCCUUCUCGUGGAUGUGAAAUCAAAGGUGAAUUCUGAGACAACGGAAGCUGUUGCAGGAAGAGGCCGAGGCCGAGGGAGAGGAUGUGGCCGAGGCAGAGGAAGAGGGGGUCCUAGGCGAUGA